AUGGGAGGGGGAGGGGAGGAGGAGGAGGAGGAGGAGGAGGAGGAGGAGGAGGAGGAGGAGGAGGAGGAGGAGGAGGAGGAGGAGGAGGAGGAGGAGGAGGAGGAGGAGGAGGAGGAGGAGGAGGAGGAGGAGGGGGAGGAGGAGGAGGAGGAGGAGGAGGAGGAGGAGGAGGAGGAGGAGGAGGAGGAGGAGGAGGAGGAGGAGGAGGAGGAGGAGGAGGAGGAGGAGGAGGGGGGGGGGAGGGGGGGGAGGAGGGAGGAGGAGGAGGAGGAGGAGGAGGAGGAGGAGGAGGAGGAGGAGGAGGAGGAGGAGGAGGAGGAGGAGGAGGAGGAGGAGGAGGAGGAGGAGGAGGAGGAGGAGGAGGAGGAGGAGGAGGACGACGACGACGACGGCGGCGGCGAGAAGUGCAAAUAG